UCAUUAUCCUCAUCGUCUGUAUCACCCUUUGCUGUGGUGAUGUUCAAACUGAGAUCGAGGAGAAGGGCAGAAUCGAAAAGAAGAUACCCCAAUAACGAAUUCAGUACUCUUGAAGCUGUUCCCUUGACUGAGAACCAGCUUGGAGCGGAGCAGCCUGAAGCAGACCAGUUUGAAUCACCAGGAAACGAGGAUACACACAAGAUUGUUCCCGACAUUGACAAACAGCCGACAGAUCAGCCGUCCAGGGAGAAGGACAUCAGUGACCUGUUCGUGGAAACUGAGGGUUACCGGAAGGUUAAAGACAAACUGGAAACACUUGGCCACGUGACAAUAAGCGGUGGUCCAGGAGAAGGUAAAACAUCCACGGCCCUGAUGCUGGGAGCUGAAUACAGGAGACAGGGGUAUGAAGUGGUACUGGUUGAGGACGUUGGUACUUUCCAGUUGUCUGAUUGUCUGUGUAAGGGUAAAGACGUCUGUGUCAUAUUCGAUGACAUAUUUCAGAACGUUGGGCCAUCCAUGGACGUACAUCGUCUGAGACAAGUUCUGUAUGAGCUCCAUGGACAUCUUGAACCCUGGAAAACCAAGUUGGAAAGAAGAUACAACAUCCUGCAGCAGACACCAGGAACGGAACAAAGAAGAAAAGAUCGUCUGAACUUGUAUUUUAUAUUUACCACAGAUUCCAACAACCUUGAACAAGCAAGGCCAAAACUCAAAGAACCUAUAUUGUUCCAAAAUUCUUCAGUAGUAGACUUGACCAAAUUGAUGACAGGUGAAGAGAAGAAGGCCAUAUGGUUGAAACAUAAAGAUCAUUACGACUGUAAAACUGAGGUCAACGUGAACAUAAUUAUUGCAUACGAGGAAAGGGUUGGUUUUCCUCUGGCAUGCAAGCUUUUCACAAGAUAUGCCCCUUUCAAAACACAAAGAAUCGUUUUUGAAAUGCCUAAAUUCCAUCUAAAACAGGAACUGCAUAAGAACAUAAAUCACCUUGACGAUCAGUCAGUAAUAUUCCUGUUGAGGUCACUAUGUGGAGGUGAACAGAAUACAAGAAAACGGCACACUGGAUCUGACAACAAAAUACAAGACACACACCUGAAGGAUGUUUCAGCCCUUGUCUCAUGUUCCAAUAUUCCUCUAAUACAAAACAUGUGGAUGUCUGCCAUAUUGAAUACUAACCCAGAGCUGUUCCUCCAUAACUGUAGUUUAAAGUUCAUCUGGGACCAUGUACGUGAUCAGCAGCAUGACACCGCUCCAGCAGAACAGACUGUCAUUUAUUUCCCAGGUGCUCACAGUGACGUCAUCACCGCCAGACUGGCUGAAGCUGUUGCUGAUGGCACGUUCAGUAACUACAUCAUGCAUCCCAUCUGGAAAAUGAAGGAAGUUGCAGACAAAGUGAAUCAAAUGUUUCCAGAUGAUGGGACCAAGUCUCAUGAUACAAAGCACGGUAUUCUCCAUUAUGCCUGUUUCAUGGGGAAUAACGACAUCAUAGACCGACUCCUCCCCCACUGUGACAUCAAUAGACGUGCUGUGAAUGGCUGGACGCCAGUUAUGUUUGCAGUUGCUGGUGGACAGAUGGAUAGUUUGAAACUUCUAGUGGUUCAUAAAGCUGAUAUCACACUGUGUGAUGCCAUGAACAAUAACCUGUUACAUUUGGCUUGGAGGAUGGAUGUGUUCGACCUCGUGUCACAAAAUGCAGACCUGUCAUUGACUGACGAUGACAACAACAGUCUGCUUCAUUUAGCCUGCCUCCUUGAUGACAUACCCGACAUUCUACUGACAAAGAUUGACGCUGAUAUUCAAGGAAAUCACGGUUGA